CCCCACACAGCUCCACUCAGGAAGAUGGCGCCAUACACUGUAUUUGCGAGAAGAACUAUUACCGGGCAGAUAAAGACCCUCCGUCUAUGGCGUGUACAAGACCGCCCUCUUCACCAAGGAACCUUAUUUCCAUUAUAAAUGAAACCUCCGUUAUACUGGACUGGAGCUGGCCGCUGGACACCGGGGGUCGGAAAGAUAUUACGUUUAACGUCAUCUGCAAAAAAUGUGGCAGGAACACGAAAUUUUGUGAAACUUGCAGGGGAGGUUUGAGGUUUAUUCCCCGACAGAUUGGUCUAACCAACACCACUGUGACAAUCAUGGAUUUACUCGCACACACCAACUACAGCUUUGAGAUCGAGUCUGUGAAUGGCGUCUCCGACCAGAGCGUACUGACAAGACAUAUUGCUGCAGUCAGUCUGACCACCAACCAGGCAGCUCCAUCACCUGUCACUGUAAUUAGAAAAGACCGGACAUCAAGAAACAGCAUUGCCCUGUCUUGGCAAGAGCCGGAACACCCGAAUGGCAUUAUCUUGGACUAUGAGGUCAAGUACUAUGAAAAGCAGGAACAGGAAACGAGUUACACCAUCCUGAGAGCCCGAGGCACCAACGUCACCAUUACUGGUCUCAAGCCUGAUACCACAUAUAUUUUCCAAAUUCGGGCCAGGACAGCGGCCGGAUAUGGAUCAAACAGCCGGAAGUUUGAGUUUGAAACAAGUCCUGACUCUUUCUCCAUUUCCAGUGAGAAUAGCCAAGUUGUAAUGAUUGGCAUUUCAGCAGCAAUCGUAAUUAUCCUUCUCACAGUGGUGGUUUACAUCCUAAUUGGAAGGUUCUGUGGAUACAAUAAAUCAGUGCACAGUCCCGAUGAGAAAAGGCUUCACAUUGGAAACGGACUCUUAAAAUUUCCUGGCAUUAGGACAUACGUGGAUCCUCAUACGUACGAAGACCCCAGCCAGGCUGUUCAUGAGUUUGCGAAAGAGCUCGACUCUGCGAGCAUAUCCAUAGACAAGGUUAUUGGAGCAGCUCUUUUUGUUCCUUUUGAUAUAGGAGAAUUUGGAGAAGUAUGCAGUGGCCGGCUGAAACUCCCAUCUAAAAAAGAAAUCAGUGUAGCCAUUAAAACACUGAAAGUGGGUUACACCGAAAAGCAGAGACGGGACUUCUUGAGCGAAGCCAGCAUCAUGGGCCAGUUUGAGCAUCCCAAUAUCAUACGGUUGGAAGGAGUUGUCACAAAAAGUAAACCAGUGAUGAUCGUGACCGAAUACAUGGAAAACGGUUCGCUGGACAGUUUUCUUCGGAAACACGACGCUCAAUUUACAGUCAUCCAGCUGGUGGGUAUGCUCCGCGGCAUUGCGUCUGGCAUGAAAUACCUCUCGGACAUGGGUUAUGUCCAUCGUGACUUGGCGGCACGGAACAUUCUCAUUAACAGUAACCUGGUCUGCAAAGUUUCUGACUUUGGGUUGUCUCGCGUCCUAGAAGAUGAUCCUGAAGCUGCCUAUACAACAAGGGGUGGCAAGAUACCGAUUAGAUGGACGGCGCCAGAAGCCAUUUCAUAUCGUAAAUUCACAUCAGCAAGUGACGCGUGGAGUUAUGGCAUUGUAGUCUGGGAAGUCAUGUCAUAUGGAGAGAGACCGUACUGGGAAAUGUCCAAUCAAGAUGUAAUUAAGGCAGUUGAUGAGGGGUAUCGGUUACCGCCUCCUAUGGAAUGCCCAGCGGCUUUGUAUCAGCUCAUGCUGGACUGCUGGCAGAAGGAUCGAAACAACAGACCAAAGUUUGAGCAGAUCGUCAGCAUUUUAGACAAGCUGAUCCGCAAUCCUAGCAGUCUGAAAGUUAUUGCUAAUACAGCUACAAGGCCAUCAAAUCUACUGCUAGAUCAGAACAACGCAGACUUUCCCACAUUCCGGCCCCUGGGAGACUGGCUGGAUGGCAUGCAAACAGGACAGUGCAAGGACAUUCUGUCAGGCGUCAGCUACAGCUCCUGCGAGACUAUUGCAAAAAUAUCCUUAGAUGAUAUGAAGACAGUUGGUGUCACAAUCAUUGGCUCCCGAAAGCAUAUGAUGAGUACCAUGAAACCUCAAGAACUCCACACAAGGAAUGGACCUGUUAAUGUGUAAAACAAAAACACAGGAGCCUGUAUCUUCAACAUAUGGUGCAAUCUGAACAGACUGAGAGGACGUUGUGAGGAGCUCGGACUUAAUGUAAACCUCACACGCUCUUCGAUGGGAGUAAUAAUGCCUUAAAAUCUGAGUGAAAACUCUUCUACUUCUUCGUCAGGAAGGCUGCAUUUCCGGCAAAUAAAGAAAAUGUAUAAUGGUAAAGCUGUCGGGGGGCGAGCGGACAUCGGCCACAGAUGGAGGACAUCGGGAUGUGAUUGCGGGGUACAGCAGGAGCAAAAACUCACAAGAUUUGCAAUAUACUAUAUACGGUUUAUUAUUAUUUUAUACAAAUUUCUGGCGUUUAGGACAUUUUAAUAACCCUAAAGUGAACCUGUCAUGAAAAUGGUUUAUGUUCAGUGUAAAUAUUAUAGUAUUCUAUCCAGACAUUGUUGUAGCAAGAGCUCAAGAAUUUUAUCUUUGUUUUUGUCCUGUCUAACUCGUGCAGUCAUCAGCUGGUGUUCUAGUACAUUCAGUUCUUUGGAAGUCUCAUUUGCUCUUGAAAGCAACGGAGGACUGGUACAUUGUCCACAGAGUUUUGGAUAUAGUUGGACACGGUCCGGCAUACGGGGUGUAUACAGAAUUGCUCUUAAAGACAGGAGAGUUUUAACUGUAGGUGCUGUCCGAUGCAUUUUGUUACAGAGUGUAUGUACCCAACGAAAGAAAGUCGGCAGUUUUACAAAACUCACCUAUUGGGUUUACUAGAUGCAGUCAUGAUCUAUAAGUCCAAAAAUUUGAUGUUUCUCCUUAAUUUAUGCAUUAUUUAUGUAAUCAAAACCUCAAGUGUAGCUAAGGAGGGAAUUCAAUUAGCAGCAGCAAUUUACAGCUGGCUAAUUGAUUCCCCAGGGCUAUUCAUUUAGCCCCGAAGGCAGCCUGCAGGCUGCAUUUAACGGGGUGUUUUUUACAAGCCUGAGCAGACUUGAAAAGAAACUAGCACGUUAAUGGGUGUCGCGAUCCUAUGAACGCAUAUGUCUGCGAACUUAUCACAAAUUCUUUGUGUUAACGCCUGUUAACAUGUUAAUUUAACAGGCUUUAAAAAGAGUCUUGGGUGAAGAAGGGACUGGAAUUGAAUAGCCCUAAGAUGUUAAAGCCCAAGGCUACCACCCUUUUUCACCCCCAUUAAAUUAACGGGGCUAACUGAAUUCAGCCCUAAGACUGAUUGUUAAAGACAAUGGCCCUCAUUCCGAGUUGAUCGCUCGGUAUUUUUCAUCGCAUCGCAGUGAAAUUCCGCUUAGUACGCAUGCGCAAUAUUCGCACUGCGACUGCGCCAAGUAAUUUUACAAUGGAGAUAGUAUUUUUACUCACGGCUUUUUCAUCGCUCCGGCGAUCGUAAUGUGAUUGACAGGAAAUGGGUGUUACUGGGCGGAAACAGGCCGUUUUAUGGGCGUGCGGGAAAAAACGCUACCGUUUCCGGAAAAAACGCAGGAGUGGCCGGGGAAACGGGGGAGUGUCUGGGCGAACGCUGGGUGUGUUUGUGACGUCAAAACAGGAACGACAAGCACUGAACUGAUCGCACAGGCAGAGUAAGUCUGAAGCUACUCUGAAACUGCUAAGUAGUUAGUAAUCGCAAUAUUGCGAAUACAUCGGUCGCAAUUUUAAGAAGCUAAGAUUCACUCCCAGUAGGCGGCGGCUUAGCGUGUGUAACUCUGCUAAAAUCGCCUUGCGAGCGAUCAACUCGGAAUGAGGGCCAAUAUAUGUUAUAUUCCCAAAAUAAAAUUCCAAUGAAGCAUGAAAAGCAAUAACAAACUGAAUUUUGUCAUAAUUCUAUCCAGUGUCCUCCCUAACUGAGAAUUAAUGACAUAGUCAUUAUUUUACCAUUAUGCAUGUCCUAGCAGUCCGUACAGCAGCGGCCACUUCCCAGUAGGGGCAUUAAAAUAGAACUCUAAACCAAACUCAAACCCUCUCUUUCGUGCAUUUACAGCAAUGCCCAUCGAUGCGGUAACGCUAUUACAGGGAUUCUUACUAAGAGUGGGAUGGGAUGUGUCAUACAGCAUAUGCCCUUUAUUUGUGUAACAGGUAUUCGAAAAUUCUAAUGAUGAUUUAUGACUAAUAUCGUCAGUCCUGUUAAGUUUCUGCAAAUUUUCUUAUUAUUUGUCAAUGAUUUCUUUCAUCUUUUGUAUAAGUAGCGGACACUAUGGGCAGGUGCAUCAGCUAGUGAUGACAGAGUGAUUCUAUAAAAAUCCUUUUCUUUAUUUUCUUUAAAAACACUGAUGAAGCAUCUGCAUUACAGAUUGUAGUUCUCCAAGUAGCACAAAUUAUAUACUGUAACUAUCACUCUUUUUCCAUGAAAGGGGUGAGGAUAAAUUUGUAGUUGAUGGGGUGGUAUAGCAUCAACUAUAAUGAAUACUACUCCGUUUGUACAGUGUUAUAUGAUCAAAACUCUGUUACCAUUUUAUAAAUCACAUACACAGAAGCCAAUUUCGCGUGAAUGAAUAAGGGGGGCAUGUACUAAGCAGUGAUAAAAGUGGAGAAGGGAGCCAGUGGAGAAGUUGGUUAUCACAACCAAUCAGCAUUGACGUAACAUUUAUAAUUUGCAUAUUAUAAACAUAUACAGAGCAGCUGAUUGGUUGCCAUGGGCAACUUCUCCACUGGCUCACUUCUCCACUUAUAUCACUGCUUGGUACAUGUCCCCCUAAGUGCUUGGAUCAAUGGGGGUCAUUCCGAGUUGUUCGCUCUGUAUUUUUCUUCGCAUCGCAGCGACUAUCCGCUAACUGCGCAUGCGCAAUGUUCGCACUGCGACUGCGCCAAGUAAAUUUGCUAUGUAGUUAGGUAUUUUACUCACGGCAUUACGAGGUUUUUUCUUCGUUCUGGUGAUCGUAGUGUGAUUGACAGGAAGUGGGUGUUUCUGGGCGGAAACAGGCCGUUUUAUGGGAGUGUGUGAAAAAACGCUACCGUUUCUGGGAAAAACGCGGGAGUGGCUGGAGAAACGGAGGAGUGUCUGGGCGAACGCUGGGUGUGUUUAUGACGUCAAACCAGGAACGACAAGCACUGAACUGAUCGCAGAUGCCGAGUAAGUUUGAAGCUACUCAGAAACUGCUAAGAAGUGUCUAUUCGCAAUUUUGCUAAUCUUUCGUUCGCAAUUUUGAUAAGCUAAGAUUCACUCCCAGUAGGCGGCGGCUUAGCGUGUGCAAAGCUGCUAAAAGCAGCUUGCGAGCGAACAACUCGGAAUGACCACCAAUAGAUUCUUCUCUUCAAUGAAUUUAGUAAACAGCAAUAAAUAUUCCAUAAAUGAGAAUAAAGGUAACUGAUAGCCAGUGGUGUCACCCAAUGCAAAUCAGGACCGCAUGCGCUGAAUGCCUGAAAGGGGGAGUGGCCUCCAUGGGAAGGGGUGUGGCCUCACUAGGAAGGGGCAUAGCCUCAUGGCACGCCCCUGUUUUCAUCACUCUAGGGACACUGUGUAGAUGCAUCAUCUAUUUACUGGCUGCGGUCCACACCCCUAUAGUGAUACAACUGCCGAUAGCUACUAAUUAAAGAUCUCUACGUAAUGUGAUCUAUUGUUCUCUAAGCAGUGAAGGCCGAAAAAGAGACAGCGACCAGAAAAUUCAGUUUGCUAGGGGGUAAAUAUCUAAGCAGUGCUUUUUAAAACUGCUGCAUCUUCGGUGGACUCUGCUGCUUGAUUUGAUAGGGUAAUAUUAUUAAAUACAAACCCAGGCAUAGCAUAUUAUUGCCCUUUGCCACUGGGCAAAACUGAGGAAACCGCGGCUCCUUUGGAAAGUGGCGCUUAGCAAAUUUACCCCCUAGUGUCAAAUAUUAUUGAAGCAGAGAAAUUAAGGGUCUCAUUCAAUGUUGACAACACAUAAGGCUUGUAAUUCGGUACAACCUUAAAUACUAAUUGUAUACGCAUUUAUUUAAUCCUCCAUUACUUUCACUGGGAAAUAUUUAAUUGGUUGAGACCAAGUAAAAUACAAUUACAUUAAAUGCUCAUAAUACCAUUAUCAUGUUGCCCUCCGGAUCUAUGCUGCAGUAAACAUGCGCCUGUAUAUAAUACAGUAUAUACUGCAUUCACUGUAUAUGUUUAGUUUUAAUUGCAGGCUCUCACGAUUUACUAUAAAAUGAACAUAUUCUAUCGUACAUAACAGGUUCACUUUAAACCCGGUCUCAUCAUUUCCAAUACUGUUAAAGUACAUAUAUGUAAUAAUAUGACAACCACUUUGCAGGUAUUGUGUUCUUUGCCAAUCAUCUUAUCCAUCAUUGGUAAAUUAAUAUUUAUUUGUUUUUUAUUUCUAUAAGUACGUAUGUCUUUGUUACCAUAUUUCUAUUUUAAUACAUAUUAAAAUUCAAUAUAAUGCUUCCAGUGUAGCCUGUAUGUGACGAUUUAAAGAAUAUAUUGAACGUAAUCAUCUUAAACAAAGUAUUAACAUGCAUAAUAUUGCGUUCCUACGUACCACUUUAUUUUACUUCAAAGCCAUGAAUAGAAUUUUAGAGGUUUCCUUUUAAAGAUUAUUACAUUAUUCUAUACAAAACUUAGAGCUGAGACAAGUUGUUUGAGUUUCUAUUUAUUAUUUUUUUAAAUAGAACGCCUGAGGAGAAGAUUUAUGAAGUAAUAUCAUCACGGUCCAAUCAAACGGUUUACAUAUGUAUCAAGCAAUAUCUGUUCUAUUUUUGUGGAGGUUUAUCAAAAUGUUCCAUUCAUAUAAACAUAUCGUAGCCCACGUGGUUACUUGUUAUACUAUUAUUACCAGAAAAUAACACAAACAUAAAAAAUAUCAAAAUUCCCACAAAGGUAGUUCUCUAAAAUAAGUAAAACCCAGCUCAUUUUAAAACAUGUCUGUAAACCAUAAGUUAAAGAAUAUUAAAUGUAAUGAUAGCAAUUAAAGGCAACAUAUGUGAAAAAGUGGAUAGAAAUUUCCUUAAAAGGAACAUUAACCUGGUCAGGGGAGGGGAUAGUCUGUUAAUUUAUACCUUGUCUUAUAAAUUUGGCAUUAAUUCAGAAAAUAUAUAUGUUUUGAAGACCUAAGGUGGGAUAUAAUGAAGUCCGAUUUCCCGCCAAACUCUGAUAUUUUUUUAAAGGGGUAAUCAUGUACAAGUCAUGGUUUAGCCCCUUUAAAACAACGUCCGAGUUCGACCGGUAUCCCGAACUCAGAAUUCAUUACAUCCCAGCCCUGGGCUCUGCGCGGUAUCACAGUUUGUACCCCCCUGCAUUUCUGGCAUUUUGUAGGCAUUUGCUGCCUUUAUUUUAUGCCAGAAACUCUUUUAUAAUUACCACACUAAUAAUAUGUCCAGUAAAAUAAAAAUAUGAAAAUGAAGACCACUUCAUGCACUUAAGUGCAAAUCAAGUCUGUGUAUUAUGUUGUUACAUUUUCAUUGACAGAUUUUCUUGUAGUUAAUGUUUCAGCAAUGUAUUCAGUUUCCUGAAACGCACAUCAUUAAUUAUAAGUUAUAAAGAAAGGAUGUUACAGUAGUUUAUACAAAAUAAUUUAUAAGAGACCUCACUCCAUAGGUCGCAACUGUGUUGAAGCCUGCAACAUGUCAGACUGCCACUUCUACCAAUGUAAAAUUAAAUGGACUCUUUCAAUUUAUUCCUUAGCAGAGGGAUUGUGUUCUUUAUUCCUGUCUGCUAGAAAUGAUAAUGAGGUUUUUCAACCACAACGCUUGUGAUUUAUUCCAUGGGCAGAGCUGGUAUAUAGUACCUUUAUAUACACUGUGUGCUUUCUCAAGGUCUGUAACUCUUCAUAUCGGGGCUUGGCAUUUCUGUACAUAAUGUAUGUAGAACACAGCAUUCAAUAAUUUCUACUUUUGGAGUACUAGAUUUUUCACGGCCGUCACCAUUAAGAGAACUUGAAGAAAAAAAAUGAAACCAGAGUAUUCAUAUUAUUGUGUGUUCAGUAUUAUGUUGCCUGCAUUUUAAAGGCAAUUGACUUAUUUAUUUCUGUUGAUAUACUUAGUUUACGCUCUGUAUUUAGCAUACAUUAUGUAUUGCAUUGAUUUGCAUAAUCUGCAUUUAUACGAUUUGCUUUUCUUUUUUAUUGUUUUUAUUACUUAGUAUUACUUAUUUAGUUUUCACAAUGUGCAAUUUUAGAUGGCCUCAGACUAAUGUAAAAUGAUUUGUAGUGGAAACAUUUAUAUUUUUAUAAUAAACUUGCUGAAAGUAUUUUGACAGAA